ACCGCGUGGUGCUGCCAAACGUCCACGUACAGUCUAUGGUCACAACCUUCUUUAUACAGUCGCUUAAGUGUCUGUUCUAUCUUUGCACUGCAUAAUGGAUAUGCCGUGAAUGAUUGUGGGGGAACGUGACACCUGUCAUAUCAUGUCUGCAAAGAACGAGAGAUACGUGGACAUUGCUUUGCGGAAUUAGUUAACUCAUGCUAACUGACUGACUGAGGCCUGUCAUCAUCGCUAUCCAGCUACCGUAGGCGAAUUAUUUAACGUCAGCUAGCCACUUUACAAGGUUACGUGAUAUUGUAUCGUUGCAUAUCUGAAACACUCAGCUAAAGUUAACUUGUUGCUAUGUAGGCCAUAAUGUUGCAGCAUCCAGGUUAGCCUACUAACUUCAGGGGUGGGGUAGGCCAGGCCAGGCCUACCUUUGACUAAGGUCAUUCGUUGUUAACUUGUAAGUGUGGAGUGUUCUGGACAUUCUAUGCAAACACGCGGUGACCCGUCUGUUAUAAUACAGUAUGCACAGGACGUCAUUUGUAUUAGCUUUAUAGAAGACUUGGAGGCAUGGAUGGCAGGAAGGGCACUGAAGAAGACGGCGCCAUAAGAGAAAUAUUUUCUAUGGCCUGUGAUAAACUUUUGACUUAUACGCAGCUUGAUUGCUGUUCCUCGCAUAGUGCUCUUCCAUGGCAGGGUAAAAACUUGAUGAUACACAGCAUUACAGAUCCUUCCCAGAAACCUUUGCAUCUUACUGGUCAUCAUGGCAAUGUAUCCGCUAUUUCGUUUGGGAAGAACAGAGACCCCCUUAUGCUUUGCUCUGCCUCCGAAGAUUAUGUGAUAGCCUGGGAUGUUGCACGUUGCUACAGAAAAGCAAGAGAGGGUGCAAUUGUCUCAGGUACAGUUAUUGGAACACUUCUUGGUAAAGUAGUGCAUCUUUCCUUCUGCUCUUUGGAUAAGAAGGUAUCAGUUUGCGCAGGCUCCAAAAUUUAUAUUCUGAAUUCCAAGAAGGAAGAAGUCCUUGCUGUGUUAAAGGGCCACCUAGGGCCUGUGACAGCAUCAGUGUUUUUCCCAUGGGACACAAACAUUCUUGUCUCCACUUCAGAAGACAGAACAUUUAAGGUCUGGGAUUUGGCAAAAGAGGAGAUACUUUAUCAAUCUGCUGUACUCUCAGGUUGCCCACUGUUAAGUGUUUAUGUCACUGAGGACAGUAAGCAACUGAUCACUGGAUCUUCUGAUGGACAGGUUUGGCAUCACACUGUCCUGGAUGAUUACAAAUGUCGCUUGGUAACGAAACUGGAUUUACAUAACAUAGAACAAAAACAGAGGAGGAUUCAGGAGAGCCAAGCACAACAGACAGCAGGGAUAUCAGCAACUACAGGGGAUGGUGUGAUAGUUGAAACAGUAAAGCCAGUUUUGGGAAUCUUCACAUUUAAGCCUUAUUCAAGACACACAGAGGAGAGAGACGGUGGCUGUUUGUGGAUAGGCAGCUCUGAUGGCUUGUACCUAGUGAACUUGGCUUCUUCAGAGCUCCUCAUGGCCUUCCACUUUAAAGGUUUCCCAUAUUAUCCCGACCUUAGCAUCACCUUGGCUGGAUCCUUGGCUGUCACCCAGACAGACUGUAAUAUACACUGUGUGGUGACUUCUCUGUUUGAGCCACGCAUGGCACUGUGGGACAUCAGGCUUCCAGGGCAGCUGGAUGGUCUCUGCUCCCAGCUUGAGAAGGCCUUCCCUGGGCAGGAGCUUUCAGUGGUGCCCAGCUUCCCACCGAUGCCCACUUCCCCUCUGAACGCUGAGCUUACAAGAAGAGACCCCAACCCCCCCAAGAAAGCAGGCCCUGGCAAGCCAGGUGGUGUGAAGGACCAAUCAGUUGUGUUUCACACACAGGUGAAAUCAUCUGGAUAUGCAGUGUGCUCUCAGAGAAAAAUGUUUACACCCAAAACCAACAUUCAGAAGAAAACCCAAAGGCCUACUAAGACAACCAAAAAGAUUGAUGGUCUCCUCCGUGAGUACCCAUCAGGCCUGGCUGCUCCCUCAGCUCAGCACACGCUUCUGAGUGCCUCUCCAACACACACACCAGUCUUUUGUCUACAGUACUCAGGAAAUGGAAAGCAGGUCCUGUGUGGUCUUGGAGACUCAUCAGUGUUAUUGUACAAGUGUUCCCUCUCAGGCAGCCCAUCUGUCUACACAGGUCACAACAAGGCAGUGAGCAGCGUUUGCUGGAGUCACAGCUGCGGCUGGUUCCUGAGUGCAUCAGAGGACCAGAGCCUCCGCAUAUGGGCUGCUGGAAGCAAAGAGCCCACCCUUAUCAUGGGAAGGGACCGCUUUUCCAAACCUGUCCGAAGUGCGCAGUUUUACUACCUGGACAAGUUUCUGCUGCUGGCCUCGGGCUCCUCUGUGCACCUCUUCCUCUCUCACCUAGACCCCACUCGUGAUGACAUCAAGAGGUAUGAGCAGAAAAGCUUCUCCAGACUGGUUAGAAGUUUCAGCACAAAGUCAGGAACUGACAUCACUGCCAUGUCAGCCAUCAAUGACUUUUUCUCCUACAUUGUGCUGUCGUGCGGCGCUGACCGAUCGAUACAGGUGUUUGAUUUGAACGUGGGCAGUGUUGCCAUGGAAAUCCCAGAGAGCCACAGCAGAGCUGCCCAUCACAUCACACAGAACAAGGGCUCCAUGUACUGCAGUCAGAGCCAGGACUCCUACAACCUUUUUCUAACGAGUGCAAUCACAGAUGGCAUGAAGCUGUGGGACCUGCGCACAUCAAGGUGUGUUCGCAAGUAUGAGGGCCAUGUGAAUCGCUGCCAUCAGUGCACAGCGGCGUUCUCUCCUUGUGGCCGCUUCAUCGCUACUGGGUCUGAGGACAACUGUGCAUAUGUCUAUGACAUCCGAAGCAGCAGCUACCUCUACAAACUUCAGAGACACACAGACACUGUCCUAAAUGUUUCCUUCAAUCCAGCCACACCUGAGCUCCUGACAGGCACCCUGGAUGGGAAGCUCGGGCUGUUUCGCCCAGGAGAGAGGGCCUCUCUCCCCUGACGAGAGCGAUGCCAUUCCCCGGGAGUGCCGCGUCCUCAAGGCCCGCUGAGGCCCCCUGAGCCAUGCAGGUUUAAUUGCUCACGCCAUGUGGUGAAGGCCUGAGAAGAGAGACUACAGGGGGGUUACACCGUGGGCCACAGCCGGAGCAGGAGUGCCUCACAGCAACUCUGACACAAGGCCCAUGACUUCACCCACUCCACUGACAGGACUGCAUGGCCUAACACAUGCAGAAGGGCUUUAUGUAACAUCUAGGCACAUCACAAAGGGCAACAGCUUCAAAACACUGAACAUAUGUACUGACUCUGUUCCUCAGUGUAUGUUGUUUAGGCCUGCACUUAAUUGACAGUUUUGUACUGUAUAGUUGAUAUGAGUAGUUUGGCCUUGUGUCUUUGUACAUUAGUUGAAAAUGCUGUCCCUUAAAAUGUGUAAACUAUGGCUACUAUGGCUAUAAUAAAUAUGUUGCAAAGCUGAGAAACAAUGCAAUUACUCUUUUAAAAAUAGCUUCCAUCAGCAGAAGCAGUGUGAAGCUACUGUUUAGCCCAAAGCAUGUUUAUUUUCUGUGCCUAAGUGUAUUAUCAAGUAAACGUUAUAGACCAGAGAAUAUGUCUAGGGCUGUGUUAGGGGCCUCUUUAAUGUCAGAGAGUGGCGAUUUAGAAUAGGGGUAAUUAAGUCUGCCGUAUGAGAGCCAGCUGUGGUGUGAGGCAAGAGAAGACUGAUGGAGGGGUUGGGACAAGACAGGGUGGUGCUUGCAGACUUCCCACUCCCUCAUGUGAGAUCAUUACACCCCCACGCCCAUGAUGAAGGUUUAAAAAUAUUCCCCUUCCAUUCGGUUUUUUGGGCCUGAUGCCACACCAAAGGAGUCCAUAUCAUAAACUCAUACUUGGCAGAGGAUGGUUUGGGUUUAACAUCUGAGAGGGCAUAUCAGUGACUUUGUUCCAAUGGCUACAUACUGUAUCCCUCCCGCAGGUUGAGAAUGAGCACCAUCUGUCUUAGAGGAGCACCAGUGAUGGGGGUUCUUCAUCUGUGUACUCUUGUAUGGGUAUAGCAUACAUUCUGUACUGUAUGUUCAUCAUGCGUUUAGUCUUAAAUAUAUGAGUAAUGUCUGUCUCUGUCCUUUGAUGUGCACAAGCUGGCUAACUGUAAGUGGUUUUGGUUAAGACAUUACCUUUUGGAACAUACUGUCUGUACAAGUGUACAAGCGACCAAAAGUUGGUUAUGAUGAUAAAUGGGGUUCCUCACAAUGUAAGCAAAACACAUUGCUGCUUAUAUUGCUGUAAUGUUGCUGAUUAUAAUGCUGUAAUGUUGUCUCGGUAAGGGAAAGGCAUAAGUUAAGUACACCUGCUUUGACACAGAUGGCCAUUGAUGAAUGUUUUUUCCAGAUAUUAUUUGAAGGGCUGUUUUUUGUGAGCGCUCAUAUCAGAGUAUUUCAAAUUGUUUUGUUGUAAUAUGUCUGAUAUUUUCCU